GCUUUACGCCCCAUAUCCGUCUACACCAAUGUUUGACGUCGCAAUACUACCGUCGGCACAACCAUGUUCGAAGAAGAUGAUCUUUCGAACGUCUUUGCGAUUCCAGACUUCCGAGAGCCGUCCAAAUGGCUAGAAAACCAACUGUCCAGAGCCGAUACUGGCUUCUUUGCUCUCGACUUAACAGAGAAGGAAUCGCCUUCUUUAUGCAAUCCUCCCGAUUCUCAACCUAGCGAACUCUUCACCCUCCCUGCCAUAGAUCCUGCGCCGCAGCAGGAGGAGCUGAACACAACCGAGAACCUCGAUUUUACGUUCGAAGAACCCGCGGCAAAGGAAGAGCCGGAAGCGAUCGAUUUCUGGUUAGGGUUUGACAAGCCCGCCGCGAAGCUACCAGAGUACAAGACCUGGGAAGGCUUCCAGUCUCCUGACAUUCUCUCGACAAAGCCGUUGUUCAUAACGGAGGCUGGGCCUGGAGCGUUUGAUGCCUUGACUGGGCUUAAAGAGGAUCCUCUACACAUUGGAAGUGCUGACUUCACCGUGGUGGAAGCCGAGACAUAUUGCAAUGCGCUUCUAGCUUUGGCUCUUGGGAGAGACUCGGUAUUCUUCUCCUGGCAAGAUGUGCAUGAAACCUUCAAGCCAGCCUUACCCCAGAUCAGGAUACCAGCAUAUUCGGGCAAGGCCGUCCAGGAAGUUCAGCGUUCAUGUCUCAAGUGUGGGAAUACAUACCGUCAACUUCGCAAGUUCGUCGACAGUACAUACUUGAAGAACCCGACUCCAUGCCGCGUUGCUUUGGCGAGCGCUGUGGACAAGGCCCUCUUGGUUAUUCAGGGCAGUAUCGCCUUGCACCACCAACACCCACGAUCGAUUCUCCAAGUUCAAUCGCUCGUCGCGCAUAUAUACACUACCUUGCGCCAGUUUGAGUCUUUGUUGUCAAAGAUACGACGAGGUCAUCUGGAUGAAGAUGUCUUUGUCAUCGUGUUCCAGCAGGCUCAGUCUGCCGAGUACGCCGAGACCCAUCUCAGAGAUAUGAUGCGAGAAGUCCUCCGGCGAGUAUCAAAGCCCUGGAUUGAGCUCGUCGAGGAGUGGAUCGGCACACGCCGUGAACUCGGCGUGCCUCUGAGCAAGCACGAAGUUGGAAGACAAAAAGGCUUCAUCAAGGUGGAGUCCGAAACCUAUAUGGACGACCUCGGUGACGAGGUCGAUGAGGUUGAUUUCCGCCUUGAUUCGAAGCGAAUACCUAGCUUUAUGCCGGAAGAUGUCGUCAGAUCUCUAUUCGAGGUUGGACGAAACCUUCGUUUCAUAAGGACAAAUCACCCUGGACAUCCUUUGGCACACGAGAGCACCAUCUCUUCAAGUCAGCCCCCGACGGUUGAGUGGCUUUUUGACUGGAACUCGGUUGUGCAAUUGGAGGGUAGGAUCCGAUCAUACGAAAGCGCGGUUCUGGAAGCCAUCAAGAACUUUUCUCCACAGGAAUCUGCCGAAACAGCGGCACCUGCUUGGCCGAUGGGGAACUCAACUACGUACCAACUGCAGCUCUUUGGCCUGGAUGAGAAUCAGCUGCAAAGUAAACUGGCUUUGUCUAUCCGAGACUUUGCUAAACCCAUUGCCGACUCGACGUCAGAAGACCUGCUAGGUAUCAUCAUCAGGGAGCGCUUGUCGGACGUCACGACCGAGAUCGCGAGUGCCGGGACCGAGUUCACACCGCAUUGGUCAUUACUUCCUAUCCUCUCAUUUGGGUCCAUCAUAUCUGCGCAAUCCAGAGUCGUGGGCAGGGAGAGUCUGACACUGCUCUUCACAUCUCACAACCUGCGUGAGCAUCUGAAGCUACAAAAAGAGUUUCAGUUACUGGGCAACGGAUUUUUCUGUAGCCGUCUCUCCCAUGCCCUAUUCGACCCAGAUCUCGAGACAGCAGAGAGACAGUCUGGUGUUGCACACCAAGGCGGAGUCAUGGGACUACGUUUAAGCGGCAGGGACACUUGGCCGCCCGCUAGCUCUGAGUUACGCUUAGCCCUGAUGGGGGUCUUGACGGAAAGCUAUGAGGGGCCUCUUCACGAAGGCUCAAGAUCUCGGGACGGCGAGAAGAGUGAACUCCCUGGGGAUCUUAGUUUCGGAGUCCGGAGUCUCUCAAAUGAGGAAAUCGACAAAUGCAUGGAUCCAACCGGACUGGAGGCCCUGGACUUUCUCCGGCUAUCUUACAAGCCACCAGCAGCUCUGGGGGCUAUCAUCACCCCUGUCAUCCUAGUGCAGUAUGACCGAGUUUUCAAACUGCUACUUCGAGUGUUGCGGAUGCAGUACACUGUCAACCGUAUCUUCCGCGAUGUCACAGCUAGGGAGUCCGGCUGGCAGGAUGUCGAUGACGUAUCUAUCCGCUUCUGCUUCGAGGCUCGUCACUUUGUAUCGAGCCUCACUUCCUACAUCUUCGACAUUGGCAUCGAAAUGCCGUGGCAGGCAUUUGAACAACUCCUGAGUCAAAUCGAGAUCGAUCUCAGAGCCGAAGACCAGAGCACGCUAUCAGGCUCGGUACUUAGCCCUGACCGCUUGAGGGAACACCAUUCUCAUGUGCUUGAUCGAAUCAUGCUGGCAUUACUUUUGCGCAAGCGGCAACAGCCUGUGCUCAAGCUUCUCGACGACAUUUUUCGAGUCGUGUUGAAGUUUGCCCAAUAUUCAAGACUCAAGACUGCUGGGAGGAAAUCUGGAGGCCAAGAAGACGCCACUGCGAAGGGCCUAUACAAGACGUUUAAGCGGAAUGCCGAGGUUUUUCUGGCGGUCUGCAAGGGCCUGAGUGAAAAGGGGGAUUACGGAAUGAAGGAUACCGCUGGAGAGAAGUCGACCUCGGGAAGAGUUGAUGAACUGGAGGGAAAUCCCAUUGCUCAGCUUGUUCUGAAGCUAGACAUGUCUGGCUAUUACUCCAAGGCAUGAUUUGAUGAGACGGUUGGAUUAUUGAUAAACAGAGAAGAUACCCCAGGCGUUAGACCAAUGACUAGCCAGUUUCUUUGAAUCACAUCAAUUGCGUUUACGGCAUCUGCUGAAUCGUGUUCUAUUACUGCCUCAAUAAGGGGA